CACAUCUCGUUACGCCAUUUUUGUUGGGGCGCAGUCGAGUUCAGAAAAGGAGGAUUAGAUUCCUUAACGUUACAGGUACAUUCUACGGUACCUCGUGCAUUUAUAUCUGAGUUGUCUGCCAUUAGCGAGACACUUGCUCACCCAUCACACUCACACAAUGUCGUCAGAAAACCUGGAGUCUAAUACUCAAGUGGACUACGAGGACGAAAAACAGGACUCCCAGGAAAAGAAUGCAAACCCUGUGAAGGCUGAGGAGGCCAAGCUGAAAGCCAAGUACCCCAGCUUGGGCCAGAAGCCUGGUGGCUCAGACUUUCUCAUGAAGAGACUACAGAAAGGGCAAAAGUACUUUGACUCAGGUGACUACAACAUGGCGAAGGCCAAGAUGAAGAACAAGCAGCUUCCUGUGGCGGGACCUGACAAGAACCUGGUGACCGGUGAUCACAUUCCCACACCACAGGAUCUGCCCCAGAGGAAGUCCUCCUUGGUGACUAGCAAACUAGCCGGCUAGCCUUUAUCGUCUGUGACGCACCCUCACCCCCUGGGGGUCCCAGCAAACGUCCCUCCUCUUCCUCACCUGUGUCCCUGAUGCGUCCACUCCCUCCUAUACCUGCUCUUCCCUUUCAUGCCCAGGCCCCACUGGCUUUAACAUAUCGGGCAGAGUUGUAUGCGUUAAAAUUCAUUUGCUUGUAUGUGGGUGGGGCGGGGUGGGCGGGAUGGAGGUUUUGGCAGCCUAUGGCUUCGUAGCCUUCUCUGUCUUCCCACCACGCACAGCUCUGCCCCCUCUGCACACUCUGCUCUACCGCCUCCUUUAUGUCUUGGGUUUCAGUGUUCCAAGAUGCAUUAGUAGGUGUGUGUCAUUGGACAGGGGUUGAAUGGGUUGCGUUAAUGCACUUUGUAUUCUGUAUAGUAUGGUUUGUUCGGGGUUUUUUUGCAUCAUAGAUGACACCAAAAGUGUGUGUGUGUGUGUGUGUGUGUGUGUGUGUGUGUGUGUGUGUGUGUGUGUGUGUGUGUGUGUGUGUGUGUGUGUGUGUGUGUGUGUGUGUGUGUGUGUGUGUGUGUGUGUGUGUGUGUGUGUGUGUGUGUGUGUGUGUGUGUGUGUGUGUGUGUCAGAUCGGAACUAUGAUUGCAGUGUGUUCUUUCUGGCCUCUUUCUAUGCUGUUGACUGGCUUGGAUGGGAGGGGAUGGACGUUGCAUGUGAAUAAUUGCUUGCAUACCAAAUCUGUGAGGGGCAGGGUUCUUUACAUGGAUAAACAGGGAGGUCUCUUUCCACCUCAUCCUUUAGUCACCUUUCAUUGAACAAAGCCCAGGGUCACUGCUGCAGCAGUCAAACAGAUGUAAAAUGCCACUUUCUCUUCCACGCUCUCUCUGCCCCUGUUGGUGUAAUCCUUGACUCCAGUUCUCUCUUGAUAUGCUGCAUGAUUGUACCAUGACGAAAAAGCAACUUUAUAUGUUUUAAGGAGUUGGGCAUGUGCUUUGUUAUACGGCGUAUCCAGACAAACACGAGGCCUUGAGGGCCACGCCCACACUUCCUUCCUCCCUUUAUUUCCGGAAAAUCCACAUAACAUGUUGCUCUUAGUAGCCCAGAACACAGGUGUGUUAAUGCUGUUAGUUUGCCUGGGUUUCCUGGAUUGGAAGGUCACUGCUUUUACCAACGGCGAAAAUUCACAAUGCAGCUAUCAGACUCACAAAAUGGAAAACACUCGUCUUUCUGUUGUGACUAUCUAAUAAUGUGGCUCUUCCUGUGAUGUGAUGAGACUGACUGCAGCCAAGGCUAAGCUGGCUCAUGCUGUAUUUGGGUCUCAUGGAAAUAUUGACCAUUUGAUGGUUGUCAGAGAUUGUUUAAAACAUCUGAACUCUAUGUCCAGUUGUGAAACACACUAAAGGAUUAAUACUACUUACCUACAGUGUAAGCUUGAAGUUACACUUCAGCCCCUUUUUGUAGAACCACAUCAAUCUUUGUUUAACAGUCGCACUGUACAGACUGAUUUUUAGAUCUCAGGGGUGUCAGAGGGUAAACAGGUGGCAAUCUGAUCACAGUGUCAGUCCAGCCCCUGAAAUCAUCAGCACACGCCUGCAGGUGGAGCCCACUCUAACGCUUGGCGGAGCAGGGAGAGAUUUUAUGGCUCAUGGUGAGGCGGCAAGGUGUGACUGUGCCCCGCGCUCUAGUCCACAAACAGGUCAACGGAUUGUUCCGCUGAUCUACAGACCACGAAUGUGCACCAUCCACAUUCAGGAGUCUGAAGUUGGUUCUGACACUCGUUGAGAAUCGGCCUCCUCGUAUAAAACUGCUUCAGGGAACCUUCACAAAUGCACACUCCACCACAUAGACGAGGUGAUAGGGCGCAUGCACCGUCACAUCCUCACUUGCUUUUCAUGGGAAAUGUGUCAAACUUACAGUGGGUGGAAGUGAACAGACCUGUAAUUAUGUGCUUGUUGUGAUGUAUGAUUGCACAGCUUUUCUCUGUCCCAGCCAUUGUAAAUAGACUUCAGCAGGAUGGGAUUGUUGUGUUUUCCCACCUGCUUUUCACUCUUUCAUAGCCUGAGCUAUUUCUGAUUCAGUGGUUCCCCUCUCCUUUCAGUUUAACACUACUUCUGCUCUAUCUCAGUGUUUUGCAGGAGCUAUGUGAAUUUGUAUGAUAUGAAAAUAUGUGUAAAUGCUGCUGAUUUAAAAACAAAUCUAAGAGAUGAUACCCUGUAAAAAACAUUUGUCCUCUUGAUUCUACCAGUCUGUAUCUGUUUUUAGAACCCCUAUGUCUCCUGUGGCAAAGUUGGUUUUGUUUGUUUUAAAGUCUACAAAAGUGCAUUGUUGAAUUGAAUCACACUUAAAUAGCUGACUUUGAUUGACAAGAGCAGUUCAUCAUGUCGUGUUUAAAAGCCUACAGCUCCAUUAUUUCUCAUUAGAGAAUGCUAAAAGAAAUCUGUGACUAAGCUGCGUAAGCGUUGUGUGAAGCGCUGGAUGGUCUUGAGCGCUACUUGAUGUUUGGCUUUGCACAGGACAGGUGGACAGGAAAUAACAGGGUAUGUUUCAACCCACCACGCAGGGUGUCUCUCGUUCAGCUAUGAUGAACACGUGCCAGAAUGUAUAAAGAAACAACAGGCUGUGUGCUCUGAAGUACUUUUGUGCUGCUUUUACCUUAUCUUAUUGUUUUGCAAGUAAUUGGUUCUCUUUUCUUCUUGUGUUCUUUAACUACGUAAUUUGUAUAUUUCAUUCAGACUCACAAUAACUGCGGGGAAAUCAGAGGCACCCUUGCUUCCAAGACAAAAAACAAUAAGGGUUUACAUAAUAAGGAGCAUAACUGGAGAACACAAUGAUUUUACGACUUUGAAAAGUAUCCGCGCGUUUGGAAUGUUUCAGUUGUGUGGGAGAAGGUAAAGCGAAUUUUGGCAGUAUUUGAAAUAAACUUUUACAUUAAUAACGUGCACCCUUCAUCCAUUUCUUUAACGUCAGGUCUUUCUGGUUCCUUAUACCACGAAUGUGUAAAUAACAGGAAAAGGUGCAAUGUAAAACUAAAGAUAAACACACUGGAGACUUUGAAAGGUGGAGCAACCGGCUGGUGACCACUAGAGGGAGCCACAGUCCUUCAGAAUGGUCCAGAAGCUGCUGGAUGUUUCCAGUUACAUCCGUACUCUUCUGAAGGAGCAGCUUUGGUUAAAAUACCUCACGUGCUGGGAUGACAAAGCAGCUACUGUUCAUAAAAUUUGGGGUAAAUGUGUCACUGGAGACUCGUGAUAACGCUGAUGUGUGAUGCAGCCAAAAGCAUCACCCUUACGACCACAGAUAAACAUGUGCCCUGUAAUAGUACCAUCAUACAUGGUGUCUCACAUCCGCUCUGAACUUCAUCAUGUAAGUGCAUUUUGGGACAGUCCGUACAAAUUGAACGUCCAUUAUCUGACUCAAUAUACUGAAUAAUCCUUUUAAAUUGUUCAUUAUUUUGUGUAAUAAAUACAUAAAUAUAAUAUACUA